AUGUUUAGGGAAUACAGUUUGUGCGCUGUUGCGAUAGUGCUGUACGUUUUUAUCGGGCUGGUUAGUUCAACCGGGUUCUACAUCGACAAUGGUGUCGAUCAAACCGUCCGGGAGAAGAGUGUCGAGCUGCACGAGCGGCAAGAGAUUGAGCAUGAAAUUCUCGAACUGCUGGGACUUCCCGAUCGCCCCAACAAGCAGCAUGUGCAUCCUUCCUUAAGAAAAUCAGCACCCCAGUUCCUGCUCAACAUCUACCACAAGUUUACGGAGGAAAUGAGCGGUGGCCGGCGGCGGAAACGGUACGCGGACGGCGCCAACCUGCUCACGAUCGCCGACGAACGGGCGAUCGGCGAGAGUGACGUGAUCAUGUCCUUUCUCAACAAAGCCAACCGCCAUCUGCCCAAGAUCCGGCAUCAUCGCGGUGGCCAUCGGCUGUGGUUCGACACGGCCGAGAUCGAUGCGGAGCGGGACAACAAUCAGCUGCUGUACGCGAGCUUGCGCAUGUACAAGAACCGCACGACCGAGCGGCCCUGGGAUGCGAUCGUCCGGGGCCGGCAGAUAGUGGUGCGUGCGUCACUGAUCGGUGGGUACGAUGCGGCAAAGGACGGGCAUCGGUUGGAACUGGUGGCGGAACAAUCGGUACCGUACAACUACGACGGCUGGGUCGAGCUGAACGCUACCCAGGCCAUGCAACGGUGGGUCGUCGAGCGGGUCGCCAAUAAGGGCAUUUUCGUCGAGGUUUACUAUGCGGAAAGCCCACGGAAGGAGAUUCUGCCGCACGAGGUCGGUUUGAUCCUGUCGAACCGGUUCGGUCGCUAUCAACCGUUUCUCGUGGGCUACUGCAAGGGGCCGGAGCUGGUCAAACCGACGGCAGCCCUUGCCGGUGGCAGUGGGACGGUCGGGGGGCGCUCGAAACGCAGCGUCCGGCGAAAGGCGGGAACCGGCACUGGGAAGCGCAGCGAUCGGGUGCGAAAUCCGUUCCUGGAGCGGUUCGGCGGCGGUGGCGAACGACACAAAAGCUGCCAGAUACAGACGCUGUACGUGAGCUUCCGGGAUCUGAACUGGCAGGAUUGGAUCAUCGCGCCGGACGGGUUCGGGGCGUUCUUUUGCUUCGGCGAGUGUAACUUCCCGCUCAACACGCACAUGAACGCGACGAACCAUGCGCUGAUACAGACGCUGGUGCAUCUGAUGCAUCCGACGCGCGUCCCGAAGCCGUGCUGUGCACCGACCAAGCUGAAUCCGAUCUCGGUGCUGUAUCAUAUCGACGAUGCGAACAUUAAUUUGAAAAAGUAUAAAAAUAUGGUCGUUAAGAGCUGUGGCUGUCUGUAG